GGUAGCCUUAGGGCCGCGUCGCGUCGCGUUCUGCGCAUGCGCCUCGGCGGCGGCGGCGAUGGCGGCCGCGGCGGCCAUGUCGGGCGCGGUGCCGCUGUGGCUGCUGUGGCUGUUGGCGUCGCCGCUGCUCCGCGGCGCCGGGGGCUCGGAGGCGGUCGGGGCGGCGGAGCCGGCGGGCGGCGCGGGCCCUGGGGAGCGGUUUAAGAUCGAGGGCCGGGCCGUGGUGCCGGGGGUGAAGCCCCAGGACUGGAUCGCGGGGGCCCGAGUGCUCGUGGACGGGGAGGAGCACGUCGGCUUCCUCAAGACAGAUGGAAGUUUUGUCGUUCAUGACGUACCUUCAGGAUCUUACGUAGUAGAAGUGGUAUCUCCUGCUCAUAAAUUUGAGCCCGUUCGAGUUGACAUAACUUCAAAAGGCAAAAUGAGAGCAAGGUAUGUGAAUUACAUCAAAACCUCUGAAGUUGUCAGGCUGCCAUACCCACUCCAGAUGAAAUCUUCUGGACCUCCUUCAUACUUCAUAAAGAGAGAAUCUUGGGGAUGGACAGACUUCCUCAUGAACCCUAUGGUGGUGAUGAUGGUUCUUCCAUUACUGAUAUUUGUACUUUUGCCUAAAGUUGUCAACACCAGUGAUCCUGAUAUGAGACGGGAAAUGGAGCAGUCAAUGAACAUGCUGAAUUCUAACCAUGAGCUGCCUGAUGUCUCUGAGUUCAUGACAAGACUGUUCUCUUCAAAAUCUUCCAGCAAGUCUGGUAGCAGCAGCAGUAAAGCAGGGAAAAGUAGUUCUGGAAAAAGGAGGUAGUUAUGUCCUCCUCCUAGGCCCGAGUUUGCACAACUGUUUAUGUGGUAUCAUGUUUAUUUGUCUUGAAAUAUCAAAAAGCCACUACUGUAAACUUGUAUCAGGCACAAAAUAUGGUAUGCUACAACUGUGGUGUGUAGCUUUUUUUUUUUAAAGUCUAUAUAAGCUGCUUUGUACUUGACAGUAAGCAAAAGAGGACAUGGCUUCAGUACUGUAUGUGUAUAAAACUAUUGGUAAUACUGAAUUAACUAUAAUGCUCUGUAGAGAAUGAUAUAAAUUUAUAUGAUGUCUAAACAGUAAUUAAUGUCUCAAUUGCAAGACAAUGUAAAAAAAAUAGAAGUGGAGUUCAAUGUUAAGAUGGCUUUAAUGUUUUAUAUUUUUUGUUGAUUUGUCAAAUGAACAAAACCUCCUUUCAAAAUUGAGUUGUGGGUUUAUUAAGUAAUCUGUUCAGCCUGCCAGGCGUUACAUAUAAAAUCAUUUUAUUUUUACAUUGCUGUCUGUAUACUUCAGUACAAGGGCUUGCCACUUCUACUGCUCAGUUUUACUCUUCCCUUUUACUUCCUAUGAGCAUUUCUUGGGGAGGAAAAAAAGGAAAGCCUACUUUUCUCAGAGGUUUUCUGAGUUCCAUCAAGUUAAUUACGAAGGCCUGGUAUACAUAUACCAUAACAAAUGUUUAACUUAGCUUUUUCCUUUCUAAACCGUGUGUAUCACACCUACAACACCUGGUUCUUACUGUUUCCUAUGUCCUGUACAUUAAUCUUAUCACUAGCAUUUGUGGCCAAAUGGAGAACAAAAUUGGAAAAAAAAAAAUUUUGAAGUAGUGUGGGAAGGUAAGUCCUAGUCAUUUUUUAAAAUUGUUACAAAGCAUAUGGCUGUCUUUCUAGAAAUGCAAAGUCUGGUAAAGCUUUGUUCUUCAAGAAUGCCUCUUUUGUCUGUACUGUCUUUUUGAGCUACCUGGUAACUUUAGGGAAGUUGAAAAACUAGUUGUUUUCCAUUACAUUAACGUUUUGCAAAUUAAAAAGACAGCAGCACCUGUUAUACCUCACUAACAACUUUCUUUUUACAUAAAUACUGUACUUGUUCAUUUUUACAUUAGCUAACUUUUUAGGUAAAAGUAUCCGUGCCGUAUGGAUGAUGUGCUAUCUGAUGCCAGAAAUAGUAUUUAACAUUGACCUAAAACAUACCUUAAGCAAAAUCAAUUUUAAUGCAUUUAUUUGUUCUGAGUUUCUUAAACACAAGCCAGUUAGGGCUAUAAAUUGUCUUAGAAUACAUAGUUAAAAUUAAAAGCAUGCUGUGAAAUGUAAAAGUUGCAAUAGAGUAACUCGUUUAUAUGAAGUCAACUUUGAAGAUGUCAGAAAUAAACCAAUGUUGUUUUUUGGGUAAUGAAACCCUUGGCUGUGGAUGUUUCACAAGUAGACAAGCUUAUUAUGAAAAGGAGGAGGGCGUGCUCCCUCAGGUUGGACUGGGUAAUCCUGCUGCCAGCUGUAUACAAGCUCUGGUAUUUCUCAAAUUUUUGCCUUUUGUUGACAUAGCAGAAAAUGGUCUAUCUUUCUGCUGGAAUUUGGUCACGUUUUACUGAGCUAAAUUGACUCACAGAAGGAUCAAAGAAAUGCCAGAGCCUGCAGAAAGUAAGCACUGGAGGCAUGCAGUCAGAAGCAGUAACCAUCCCGUGUUUAUGGCAGUGCAUGUGAGUCGUUAAAUCAGCUCUCUGCCUCUCAAGAAUUCGUAACUUACGAGCUCAUUUAGCCGUAUUCUGAAUGAGUGGGCAACUCUGAACGAGUUCUGACAGGCUGUGUAGAAGGGAGAGGAGACACUCUGCUGAAGGUUGUUUAAGCUAUUAAUCAUUUGUAUAAAAUAGCCUGGGAGGUGUUUAGAACAGUUUGAAAUAAUUUUAUUAAUGACUUCAUCAAAGAUUGUGUCCAUUCUCCACACGUAAGGAAGACAUGUAAUGUAUAGAUAUCUAACAUCACUGUUUUAAACAAUGAAAACAUUUGGUUGUGCUUUGUA